UUUUCCUUUGAUCUACAACUUUUGACAAGUUACCGGGUUCACGUUAAGAAGAAAUGACGGCUUUCAAUGUGCUAAAUCGCGCGUUGAGGAAUUGUUUAUUCCGUUCACGGCCGCAAGUUGUACAUACGUAUGUACGUUUCACCCGUUUUUCAGAGAAGAAAUCAAUGGAUAGUAAGUCCCUUGAGGAUUCUCACCCUGCGGAGAAUAAACCAGAUGUUGUCAGAGAAGGAAAGGCAGAAAUAUUAGUUGACGGUACCAAAGUCUUCUACAAUCCAGUGCAAGAGUUUAACAGAGACAUCAGUAUUGCCGUUCUUUCACUAUUCGCAAAAGAGAAACAUGAAGCUAAUUUGAAGGAUUCAGGCCAGCAUGGACUGCCGGCAGAAAGGGCUCUUCAAGAACCAUGCAUUGAGGGUAGUGUCAAUAAUGGUAUCUCAAUUUUGGAGGCCCUCUCUGCCACAGGAUUGCGGAGCAUAAGAUAUGCCAAGGAGGUUCCUUAUGUGAGAAAAAUCAUUGCCAAUGAUAUAUCGGCAACAGCAGUGGAAAGCAUAAAGAAAAAUGUUCUACACAAUAACAUUGGGGGCAUUGUGACAACCAGCCAUGAUGAUGCAACGAUGGUAAUGUACUCUCACAGGAGGGUUCGAUUUGAUGCCAUUGACUUGGACCCCUACGGUUGCCCAUCCAUUUUUCUUGACGCAGCUGUGCAGUGCGUUUCCGAAGGCGGUUUGCUACUUGUCACAGCAACAGACAUGGCAGUUCUUGCAGGGAACUCGCCAGAAACCUGUCAUGUUAAAUACGGUGCUAUUUCAUUAAAGUCGAAGUCAUGUCAUGAAAUAGCACUGCGGAUAUUGCUGCAGCACAUUUCAGCUCACGCCGGACGUUAUGGUCGUUACAUAGAGCCGGUACUUUCGCUUAGCGUAGAUUUUUACAUUAGGGUAGUUGUAAGGGUUUAUACUGGACAGAUUGUCUGCAAAGGAGUCGCAACUAAGCUUGGGCUGGUUUAUCAGUGCGUCGGAUGUGAAAGUGUAACAAUUCAACCUCUAAGUAUAACAAAGUCUAACAAAAAGUACGCCCUACCAAGUGGGCCACCAGUUGAUAAGCUCUGCAAGCAUUGUUAUCAUAAACACCAUAUCGGUGGCCCAAUCUGGCUUGGCCCACUUCACCAUCAGCCCUUUGUAUCUGAUUUACUUUGUGCUAUUGAAGACAUGGAGCUUGGAACUAGAAAAAGGAUUGAGGGCGUGCUAAAUGUGAUUCACGAGGAACUAGAGACGCCGUUGUACUAUGUACUGGAUCGUUUGAUGUCCAUUGUGAGGUGCGAAACCCCCUCAAUGGUGAGUUUUAGAUCAGCAUUGUUGAACGCUGGUUACAAGGUCUCGAUUUCCCACGCUCAUAAGACUUCGGUAAAAACUGAUGCCCCGAACGAAGUGAUAUGGGAUGUAGUACGCGCAUGGGAGAAACUGCAUCCUGCAAAAAGGGAACGGUUUGAGCCCGACAGCCCAGCACUUGCUAUUUUAACUUCAGAGUCCACAAGGGAGAUAUCUUUCGCACCGCAUCCUCUUGCCAAUCCACUAUCCAGGCAGAAGGGAUUGUCGAGGUUUCAAGAAAAUCCUACAGCGUAUUGGGGGCCUGGUACAAAGUCCACAACAAUGGUGCAAACAAAGGAUUCAAUAUUGAAAAAAAAAAAAAAUCAGAAUAAGCACUCCAAAAAAAGACAGUCCAAUCCAUCCACAAAUGAAGCUGAACUCGUUCAACCCAUUGACUUGCAGGAAAGAGGUAUCUCAGAAGAUGAUUUGACGACACCAUCUCCGCAGAAACAGUUGAAAAGAGACUAAUUAAGGAACGUAUUAUUAACAUUACCAAGAGAUCCAGCCUGUAUAUAACAGAUUGAACUACAUGAUAUUUUUCACGAGCUGUGAAUAAACUUUUUAAAAAUAAAAAAAAAAGAAACAAAAAGAAA